UGGACAGAUGGCUAAAUUCAUUCGGCCCAAACAAAUCCUUAUCUCCACCUGUAGCUUCUAUAGUGUACCUCAACCUUGCGUAUUCGACGCCGUCAGCCGUCGGCCGUCUGCCGUCACACUGCAACUAUCGGCGAGAGUCUUGUCGGCGGUGAGAACACGCCCCUUCGAAGCUAGAGUGAGAUCCUUCGGCGAAGCAGCUCUCGCCAGAGAAGUAUCCUUCGGCAACAUGACCUCCGCCGCCAAUGAGUGGGAUUGAAUCGCCGGAACUUGGCCGCUCGUUUCCGAUUUCCUGGGCAUCACCGAACUCGUCUUUCCGGCGAGUCCCGACAGCCACAGAGGCACCUUUGCAAUCGGCUCCACAAGAAGGCCCAAAAGGAUCCUCUGGCGCUCUCACCGUGGUUCGUAACACCUCCGUCACUGCACACUUUUGAGGCUUUCUUCCUUUAGCUGCUAUGAAUUCAUGGCAUGCUAUCAGUCUUCGCUUGUCCACAUUCAUUCGUUAUGGAGGAGCUUUGCAUGCUUAGGGAUAAACUUGUCAAGGGCUCCAAACAAUGGAAAUUAUUUGCGCAAUCUAAAGAAACCAUAUCUGAUUUUUCCUUCACACAAACUAUCCAGAAAGGGCUAUUGUAAUUUAUCCAAUAAUGUGAAGUCAUCUUUACCUGGUGUUAUUCAUGCAACUUCUCUUAGUAACGUGGUCAUUCCUUCUGAAAGUGAACAAAUACUGCGCCAAGAUGCACUACUUAAUUCAGCCAAGUGUGAAGAAGGGGCACUGAAUACUAAUCCUUCAGAUGGUAGAGUUAUGCUCAUUGAUGGCACAUCAAUCAUGUAUCGGGCUUACUACAGGCUUUUAGCAAAAGUGCACCAUGGCCAUCUGUCACACGCUGAUGGAAAUGGAGAUUGGGUUUUAACUAUAUUUACAGCUCUAUCUCUUAUAAUUGAUGUUUUGGAAUUCAUCCCUACCCAUGUGGCGGUGGUAUUUGAUCAUGAUGGAAUUCCAUUUGGUCAUACCUAUAAUUCAUGCAAAGAAAGUGUUAAGGCGAAAGGCCUGAACUUUCGCCACACUUUAUAUCCCGCUUACAAGAGCAACCGUCCUCCUACACCUGACACUAUUGUUCAAGGACUUCAAUACUUGAAAGCAUCAAUCAAGGCUAUGUCCAUAAACGUCAUUGAGGUACCUGGUGUAGAAGCUGAUGAUGUGAUUGGAACAUUGGCGGCAAGGAGUGUUGAUGAUGGGUACAAGGUACGAGUUGUGUCCCCAGACAAAGACUUUUUCCAGAUCCUAUCUCCUUCAUUACGUCUUCUACGAAUUGCUCCCCGUGGCUUUGAGAUGGUUUCAUUUGGAAUGGAGGAUUUUGCUGAAAAAUAUGGAGCUUUGAAACCUUUUCAAUUUGUUGAUGUGAUUUCACUUGUGGGGGACAAGUCCGACAACAUUCCAGGAGUCGAAGGAAUUGGAAAUGUUCAUGCAGUCCAUCUGAUCACUAAAUAUGGUACAUUAGAAAAUUUGCUGCAAUGUGUUGAUCAAGUUGAACCAGAACGUAUCAGAAAGGCCUUGAUUACAAAUGCUGAGCAGGCUGUCUUAAGCAAGAACUUGGCUCUGCUACGUUCUGAUCUUCCACUUUACAUGGUACCAUUUGCUACCAGAGAUCUCACAUUUAACAAACCAAAGGAUAACGGGGAGAAAUUUAUCAGCCUCUUAAAUGCCAUCAGUGCUUAUGCUGAAGGAUUUUCAGCCAAUCCAAUCAUCAGAAGAGCCCUUCACGUGUGGAAGAAGCUUGACACACAACAUUAAGUUGGUUAUGCAAUUGGGCUUGGCGGGCACAGCCUGUUUGCAUUAGAUUUGCCAGCAAAAGAUCUAGACAAGCUUCUCUUUGUACAGUUAACCCCACAAAGUUGGCUGAUCUUAAAACUGAAUAUAUGAGCAGAAUAGUGACGAUUCUUUUGCUGUAACCUCUAAUUUGUGUACCUAUUAGGGUUUCCACACAUGGUUCAAAAAAAGUGUUUCUUAAUUACUUAUUUUUGUGUUCCUUUCUUCGGGGUUCCCGAAUCCUUGAAGGAACAUCAAAUCAAUUCAUAUGAAUACUUUUCUUUUGUUUCACAGGUCUUCUGACAGGAAAUCAAUGCAAUGCACUUUGCUAGCAA